AUGGAGUCGGACUCUUCGGAGCAGGUUUGGAUUGAUUUUAAAACGGCACAACAACUGCCGUUGUCAGCAAUGCCUCCACCACCAUCGUCUCUUACCACGUCGCUCCUUCCACAUAACUGGCAAGAGAAAUGUGAUCAUCGCAAACAGGCUCAGCUGGACUCCAUACCGUCUGAAUGGAUCUUGAAACCCCUUCCCAAAGAACAACUGAAUGUCAUGGCCAUUCCUCGACAAUGCGGCUUGUUGUCCCAACUAGAACUUGAAAUCACGGAGACAGUCGACAUCGCUACACUGCUGGAGAACCUUCGUCUGGGACUUUGGUCCUCUGUUCAAGUCACAACCGCAUUCUAUAAGCGAGCGGUCAUCGCACAGCAAUUAACCAACUGCCUCACGGAAAUAUUCGUGGAGCGAGCACUUGCCCGGGCUAAAGAAGUGGAUGAUCAUCUUGCGCGGACGGGGACAGUUUUGGGGCCUUUACACGGGCUCCCUAUAUCUUUGAAGGACCAAUUCAGUAUGGAGGGACUCGAAACUAUAAUGGGCUACGCCAAAUGGAUUGGACGAGUUGCAACCUCUGACUGUGUGCUUGUGCAACUGUUGUACGAAUGCGGCGCGGUUCCUUUUGUGCGGACCAAUGUUCCUCAGACCCUGAUGCAUGGAGAAACACACAAUCACGUUUUCGGUCGUACAUUGAAUCCCUACAAUACUUCGUUUACUCCCGGUGGCUCUUCCGGCGGAGAAGGCGCUCUAUUAGCGAUGAAAGGCAGCCCCCUCGGGGUAGGUACCGAUAUUAGUGGCUCCCUCCGAAUACCCAGUGCUUUCUGCGGUCUUUAUACCCUCCGUCCGUCUUACGCGCGACUUCCCUACUAUGGUGCUGUGAACGCACUAGAAGGGCAAGAGUCAAUUAAUUCUGUUCUCGGGCCCAUGGCAAACUCGAUGUCUGGUGUCAAAAUCUUCACGAAGGCCAUUUUGGGGACAGAACCAUGGCGCCGUGAUCCUUUAGUACUGAGAAAGCCUUGGAGCGAGAGUGAGUAUCAACUCGAAUAUCAUGGAGGUGGUGGGAGAUUGUGCUUUGCAAUAAUGUGGGACAAUGGUGUAGUCAAGCCUCAUCCGCCACUUCAUCGAGCAAUGCGAACGGUUAAACGUGCGCUCGAGGCAGCCGGACAUCAAGUCAUCGACUGGGAGAAUCACCGCCAUCUCGAAAUAUACAAAAACGCAGAAACAAUAUUCGCUGCCGAUGGUGGACACGACUACCUAGCAGAAUGCGAAGGCGCUGAACCGCUUAUUCAAACAAUGCAGCUUUCGGAACAUGUUACCGACCUGGAGGUGCCUAAAUCCAGCAUCCCCAUCCUUGAGGAGCCUCUGGUUAAAAAGCUGGUUGGGAGACCUCAUCAUCGCAGCGCUUGGGAGGCCAGUCUAGACUUUGGCAACUACACAAAGAAAAACGCGAACUUAGGAAAUCCCACCUGGAUCACUGGGAAGCAACCGUUAUGCGGACAACAACUGGACGACCUGUCGAUGCAAUUAUUUGCCCUGCCGUCGCAUAUACAGCGGUUCCGCAUGGCGCUAACACGUAUAGACUCUUUCUACACAACUUUGUGCAGCGCACUUGAUCUCACCUGCUCUGUUUUCCCGGUAAACUCUGUCGACCCCACUCUGGAUGACAUUCAGCCACCACACGAAUUCUACAAUCACGAAGAUGAACAUAUAUAUGGUAUCUACGAGGCAGACAAAUUUCCGGGGUGUCCUGUCGGACUGCAGUUAAUCGGACGCGUCCAGGAAGAAGAGGCGGUUAUCAGGAUGACAGAAAUUGUGGCUGAGAUUCUGAAGGCAUCGUUUAUGGGAAUGUCAGACUCUUGA